AUGAAGUUCUUCCUCCCUCUCGCCCUCCUCGCCGCCGCCGUCUCCGCCGCUGAGACUGAGUGUGCCGCCGAGGUCAUCGUCCAGAACUGCCUCGAGUCCCAGACCCUCAAGUUCGAGGCCUGCGGUCAGACCGACUACGACUGCCAGUGCGCCGCCCAGGAGGCCAUCUCCACCUGCUACAACAACUGCCCCGGCGACUCUCGCAAGCUUCAGGCCGAGGGCCAAGUGAGCAUCUACUGCGGCAACGCCUCCAUCUACGGCGCCAAGGCCAGCCAGAAGACCGCCGUCGCUACCCCCACCGCCAAGGGCGACAACAACGCCGCCGAGACCACCGGCACUGACGAGUCCGAGGCCACCUCCACCGGUGAUGCCGCUCCCGCCGACAACAGCCCCGGCUCCGCUGCCGAGCUCGCCAGGAACGCUGGCAGUGUCCUCCUCGCCGUUGCCGGUGUCAUGGCCGUCAUCGUCUAA